AUGAGUGCUGUCCCAGGACGCUUUGACGCGCUGCUGACGCAGCUAGCGCAGCAACAUGGCGGUGUAGAGUCGCUUCUGGACUCGAUCUUUGACUUCUUGCACCGUAAAACCGACUUUUAUGUGGUCUCUAGCGACCCAGCACGCCACAAGAUGGGUUUUUUGCCUGGUCAGGCUCAGCAAAAGGUGCUUGAAGCUUUUCAAAAACAUUCGAUGAAGAGUCUGGACGAACGUCACAGCGGCAGUUCAGCUGUAAGAAUGGGUACAAAGACGGAGGUGACUGGAGAGACGACGGCGGGUCGACGUGCGACGGAUCCAGCUGCUUUAACGGCGACGAUGACUAGAGCUCCAGCUACUGCUAUCACUAGGAGGGAGCCGCAGCUGACAGAGGAUGGCAAACAGGUCCCUGUCGGUAAUGGCGGAGUCGCAGGUACAUACACGUGGACGCAGACUCUGGAGGAAGUUUCGAUCCAGGUGGAGUUUGCACAAGGCACACAAGCAAAGGAUUUGGACUGUCAGAUCGGCUCCACGCGAUUACGUGUCGCGCUCAAGAGCGACCAAACGAAUCCACUUAUAGAAGGAGAGUUCCUGGAAAAGGUCCGUUUGGACGAGAGUACCUGGUCUGUAGAAAGCAGCCACACGCUCAGCAUCUCGCUGGAGAAGGUCAAACGUACGUGGUGGGCCUGCGCAAUAAAAGGAGGGCCAGAGAUUGACACGAGCCAAGUAGACUCGCGAAGGAACAUUCAGGAGUACGAUGAGGCCACGCAGGGUGCCAUCAGGAAAGCUAUGUACGAUCAGCGUCGGCAGCAAUUGAAUGGUGGACUUCCGCUCACAUCGGAGGAGCGAAUACUGCAAGAAGCCAAGGACUUGCCUGGCUCGCCUUUUUUGCCCUCAACACAACCAUAA